CUCUACCCUCCUUCCGCCCUUUCUCAAGGAUUAAAUUGCGCACUGUUCUGGCAAGACUGCUCCUAAUCCUUUUAUUUGGGUACAAAGUCGGUUAACUUGGCACGCGAGGAACGACAAAAUGCUCGCCAUAGUCCGCAAACAACUUAGAAGUCACCCAGCUCUGAUCCCCCUUUUCAUCUUCAUCGGUGGAGGAGCAGCCAUGUCUCUGUUGUACCUCGCCCGUCUGGGCUUGAGAAACCCUGACGUCUGCUGGGAUCGCAAGAAUAAUCCAGAGCCCUGGAACAAACUUGGCCCAAAUGAUCAGUACAAGUUUUUCACAGUCAACAUGGACUACAGCAAGCUGAAGAAGGACCGUCCUGAUUUCUAAACCACAGCUGGACCACAAGCACAAAGAUUGGCAGAUCUGCACAAACUGGCUCAUUGUGAACGUUCCUCUGGAAAGCUUAAUGAUGCAGAAGCUUAACCCGCACAGAUGUUACAUAUAUAAGUUUCCUGAUUGCAUCCAUUUGGCUUUUGGAUAUUGAUUUAUUCACCGUCAAUAAAGUACAGGAGUCUUUUCUCCUCUAUACUGAGAAAA